AUGUCUGUCGCUAGAACUGCUGGUCUUGCUCUCGCCUCUGCGGCCAUGGUCGCUGGUCACGGCUUCGUCUCCGGAAUCGUCGCUGACGGCCAAUACUACGGUGGUUACCUCGUGAACCAAUACCCUUACACCAACACCCCCCCUGAUGUUGUUGCUUGGUCCGAAACUGCUACCGACCUGGGCUUCGUUGACGGCACUGGAUACGCCAGCGGCGAUAUCAUCUGCCACAAGGAUGCUGAGAACGCCGCCCUUUCUGCCAGCAUUGCCGCUGGUGGCUCCAUCGAGUUCCAGUGGACUGAGUGGCCCGAGUCUCACCACGGUCCCGUCAUCGAGUACCUCGCCAACUGCAACGGUGACUGCUCCACCGUCGACAAGUCCACUCUCGAGUGGUUCAAGAUCUCUGAGAGUGGUCUCAUUGACGGCAGCUCUGCCCCCGGUACCUGGGCUUCCGAUGAGCUGAUUGCCAACAACAACAGCUGGACCACCACCAUCCCCAGCGGUAUUGCCGCCGGUAACUACGUCCUCCGUCACGAAAUCAUUGCCCUGCACUCCGCCGGCAACGAGAACGGCGCCCAGAACUACCCCCAGUGCUUCAACCUCGAGAUCACUGGCGGUGGCUCCGACUCCCCCUCUGGUGUCCUCGGAACCGAGCUCUACACCCCGACCGAUGAAGGUAUCCUGUUCAACAUCUACCAGCCCAUGGACUCUUACCCCAUUCCUGGUCCUGCUCUGUACUCCGGCGGCUCCUCCGGUGGCAGCCAGCCCACUAGCUCUGCUCCUGCUACCACCGCCACCUCCAGCGCUGUCCCCACCUCGGCUCCCACUGCCACCGCUACCACCACCACUCCCCCGGUCACCGUGACCACCACCCCUCCCGCUGAGACCCAGGUCGUCGUCCCCAGCGAGACCGCCGUCCCCAGUGCCACCUCCACCCCGGCACCCAGCGAGACCCCCUCCGUCCCCGACGACAGCACCAGCCUCUCGGACUACUUCGACUCCCUGAGCGCUGAAGAGUUCCUCAGCUACCUGAAGGAGACCCUCUCUUGGUUGGUCACCGACAAGGUCCACGCCCGCUCUCUCAACUAA